AUGAUGCUUUGGCUAUUCUGGGAGCUCGACUUCAGAGAAGACUUUUGCAAGAUGGCGCGCAGGAUGGUGGUGGAACUAGACACGUCCGAGUUCGCCAAUGGCGGUCGCUUCUGGGGCAACGCGGGAACAGCGAGUAUCAUGGACCAUGUUUCCCAAAUACGCUUGCAGUCUUUACAAGCCGUUCUCGACGUCAUCCACGACAUGCUCGAGAAGCUGGUCGUCUUGGAAGAGAGCCCGAGAUGGUCUCGUUUGGUCACGCAACUGGGGCCCAAUCGCUGUCGGCAGGCUACAUGCGCACUCCUCAGAUCUUCCCUCAUUACGGCUGGCCUGUGGCCACUUCCAGCAGCCGUUGAGGUGCAAGAGAGCGUGACAGAAGUUUACUCGAAACUCGCCGCGGUGGUUAGUCAUGAUCACAUGGGCUGCGAGUUUGGGCUUUUUUGGUACAAAAAGAUACAGGAUGCCCUAGAUCUGCAACUCGGCCAAAUUGAAAUGCUGCGCAUCGACUCUUCAGGUCAUUCGCCGGAAGUCUCAUAA